GUGUUGCAAUCAUUCACAUGCUGUUUGAUUGGUAGAACGGACCUGCCCUGGUCUUUCCCCUGCAUAAGUUGGGUUUGUUACCAUAAGAGGCCUUGUCUAAGGUCGUUGAACAUUCUUUUUAGGUCAUUUGAUUAAGAUAAUUUUUACAUUUUGUUGUGAUUAUGGCUCUGAAGUUGACAGUCAGCUCUACGAAUCCACCGGCAUUGGUGUUACUUACUGCAGAGUACUUAAAACCAGCAGUUGCUGUUGAUGUCGAACUUGGACAGAGAAAUGUCUUGAAGGUGUCUCAAUCUACAAGUUUUACGACUCCUGUGUCCAUAUGCCGCUAUCUAGCACGUCUUGCUUCAAAUGGAUUGUAUGGAAGCACUACUUUAGAAACAACUGAGGUGGACCACUGGCUAGAGUUUAGUACUGGUAGACUAGCAAGCAAUGUGGAAUUCGAGGGCGCCCUCACCUACCUUGACAGAAUAUUAUCACUGAAGACCUAUCUGGUUGGCAACAACCCAUCAUUGGCUGAUUUUGCAGUAUGGGCCACCCUGAAAGGUAGCACAACAUGGAAUGAAAAGCUGUGUAGUAAAAAAGGAGGCAAGAACGUUACCAGAUGGUAUCGGUUCCUAGAGGCUCAAGAAAGCUUCAAGAAAGUUUCAGCCCAGCUACCUAAAGUUGAUGCUCCAACUAGCAAAAAGGAAGAUGUUGGUAAAUUCUUUGAGCUGCCUGGAGCAGAAAUGGGUAAAGUUGUAACAAGAUUUCCACCAGAAGCCAGUGGGUAUUUACAUAUUGGACAUGCUAAGGCUGCUCUGUUGAACCAGUACUACCAAGUGGCAUUUGAGGGCAAGCUAAUCAUGAGGUUUGAUGAUACGAACCCAGCAAAGGAGGAUGCCCACUUUGAAGAGGUGAUCUUGGAAGAUAUACAAAUGCUUGGUCUCCAACCAGACAUGUUUACCUUUACCUCAGAUCAUUUUGAGAAGUGUUUAAGUUAUGCUACAGAUCUCAUCAAAGCAGGCAAAGCAUACGUUGAUGAUACAGAGUCGGAGCAGAUGAAAAAAGAGCGUGAAACACGAACCAAAUCCAACAACUGGGACAACUCUAUUGAAGAGAACCUUGCGCUUUGGGAGGAGAUGAAGAAGGGAACUGAUAUUGGACUCAAGUGUGCUUUGAGGGCAAAAAUUGACAUCGGCUCCGACAAUGGAUGCCUCCGUGACCCCACCAUAUACCGGUGCAAGAGGGAGCCACAUAUCAGGACUGGCAACAAAUACCUGGUCUAUCCAACAUACGACUUUGCCUGUCCAAUAGUUGACAGCGUAGAGGGCGUAACACAUGCUCUACGUACUACAGAGUACCAUGACCGUAAUGCUCAAUAUUCAUGGUUUAUUGAGCAUUUGAAGCUGAGACCGGUGUUUGUCUGGGAGUACAGUCGCUUAAAUCUACAGAACACAGUUUUAUCGAAACGGAAACUCACCUGGUUUGUCCAACAGGGACUUGUAGAUGGCUGGGAUGACCCUAGAUUCCCAACUGUUCGUGGAAUUUUACGACGAGGGAUGACAGUGGAAGGUCUGAAGCAGUUCAUUGCAGCUCAGGGUUCAUCUCGUUCAGUUGUAAUGAUGGAAUGGGACAAAAUCUGGAGUUUUAACCGCAAGGUCAUUGACCCUAUUGCCCCUCGCUUUUCUGCUGUUGUCCAAGAUGAUGCAGUCCAGGUCAACGUUGUAGAUGCAGUUGAGGAAUCCAAGGAGUACCCUAAACAUCCCAAGAAUGCUGAUGUUGGCACUAAAACUGUGUGGUACAGUAAGAAAGUCUGGAUUGAUCAGGAAGAUGCCACGGUCGUCAAGGAAGGUGAAAACGUGACAUUCAUCAACUGGGGCAACCUCAUCAUUCAGAAGAUACAUAAAGAUGACAGUGGUAAGAUCACAAGCAUUGAUGCCAAGCUGAAUUUGGAUAAUAAGGACUUCAAAAAGACCACCAAGUUAACCUGGCUGGCUGAAACUGAGAGGGCGCCCUUCACACCUGCUUGUAUGUUUCAUUUUGAGAACAUCAUUACGAAAGGAAUUCUGGCAAAAGAUGAUAAUUUCAAAGAUUACAUCAAUUAUAAUUCAAAGAAAGAAGCAAUGUUGAUUGGUGACCCAGAGUUGAAGAAUCUCAAGAAAGGUGACAUCAUCCAGAUACAACGAAAAGGAUUCUUUAUAUGUGACCAGCCCUACAUACCAGCUAGCACUUACUCAGGGAGAGCUGGUGCAUGCAUUCUCUUUAACAUUCCUGAUGGUCAUUCGAAGGCACCAAACAAGGACACAGCAGCUGUUUCUAAUGAAUCGAGUAAGAUGAAUAAUAAGAAAAAAUCUGCUGAGAUUUCAAGCAAAGACCAGGCAGCCAAAGGAGGAAAUAAAUUUAAACCAGAAGCACUGGAAAUGGUUGCAGAUUCAGCUAAAUUGGAUGAAUUAGUCAAUCAAAUCACAAAAACAGGAGAAGAGGUUCGAGCCCUUAAAGCAGCCAAGGAAGAAAAGUCAAAAAUAGAUGAGGCGGUGAAGGUACUCUUAGCCCUAAAAAAAGAAUACAAAGGCCUAGUUGGGAAGGACUACAAACCAGCCUCCAGCACCCCAGCUAAAGACACCAAAGCUGAGAAUAAAAGCAAAUCAAACGAUAAACAACAAGCUAAACCUAAACCAUCUAUGCAAGCAAGCAUGAGUGCUAGUCCAGAAGUAGAUGCCAUUGUGCAGAAAAUCACUGCCCAGGGAGAGAAGGUUAGGACCCUGAAAAGUAAUGGGGCUGACAAGGAGCAAGUAACAGCAGAGGUACAGAUUCUCCUGAAGUUAAAGAGUGAAUACAAAGAGAAGACGGGGGCAGAAUACAAGCCUGCGGGUGGUGGUGGUGGAAAAGGAAAGAAAGAUAAAGGCGCUAAGGAAGAGAAAAAGAAGAAAGUAGAAAAAAAGAAAGAGGAAAAGAAAGAUAAGGAGGAAGUAGCCACAGACGAUAAAAAACAGACCAGGCUCUGCAUAGAGGCAAAGAAGGAUGAGAACUUAUCAGAUUGGUAUUCCCAGGUUAUUACAAAGUCUGAGCUAAUUGAGUAUUACGACGUGAGCGGAUGUUACAUCCUCCGCCCCUGGUCCUACAGUAUAUGGGAGUUCAUUAAAGAUUUCUUUGAUAAAGGAAUUAAGAAGCUUGGUGUGGAAAAUGUCUACUUCCCAAUGUUUGUCUCGCAAGCAGCACUGGAACGAGAAAAAACUCACAUAGCAGACUUUGCUCCUGAGGUUGCCUGGGUAACAAAAUCGGGUACCUCAGACUUGAACGAGCCAAUUGCAAUUCGACCAACUAGCGAAACAGUAAUGUAUCCAGCUUAUGCCAAAUGGAUCAAAUCUCAUCGGGAUUUGCCUUUGAAGCUCAAUCAGUGGUGUAAUGUUGUUAGAUGGGAAUUUAAACAUCCACAACCAUUCUUACGUACCCGUGAGUUCUUGUGGCAAGAAGGACACACAGCAUAUGCCGACAAAGAGAGCGCUGUUGAGGAAGUGCAUAAGAUUCUAGAGUUGUACGCAGCAAUCUAUGAGUAUCUUCUCGCCAUUCCUGUCGUUAGAGGGCGCAAGACAGAGAAGGAAAAAUUUGCUGGAGGCGAUUUUACUACAACAGUGGAGGUGUAUAUAUCAGCAAGUGGCAGAGCUAUUCAGGGAGGAACAUCGCAUCACUUAGGACAAAACUUCUCCAAAAUGUUUGAUAUCACCUUUGAGGAUCCUAAAAUGCCAAGCAAUCACUUAUAUGUUUACCAGAAUUCAUGGGGUGUGACGACGAGAACAAUUGGUGUGAUGUGUAUGGUCCACGGAGAUGACAAGGGGCUUGUGCUACCUCCAAGGGUUGCUUGCGUUCAGGUUAUCUUGGUGCCAUGUGGAGUCACAGCAAAGACAACUGAGGAGGAGAAGGAUGCUCUGCAGAAGAAAUGCCAACAAUAUGUAGAUCUCUUCAAUGAGAAUGAUGUCCGCGCUAAAGGAGACUUCCGGGAUAAUUACUCCCCAGGAUGGAAAUUUUACCACUGGGAAUUAAAGGGAGUUCCAAUACGUGUGGAAGUGGGUCCAAGAGACAUGAAGAACAACAAAUUUGUUGCAGUGAGACGAGAUACUGGAGAAAAGACGACAUUCCAGGAAGAUGAUGCAGUAACCAGUGUUAAAAACCUCCUUGAAUCCAUUCAAGCAUCCAUGUACAAAAGAGCUGAUGAAGAACUUGCUGAUCAUCUGAAGGUUGCAAUGACAUGGGAUGAAUUCUGUACGAGUCUUGACAACAAAAAUCUUAUUCAGGCACCAUUUUGUGGGGAGAUUCCUUGCGAAGAUAAAAUCAAGAAAGACAGCGCAAGGGAUUUGGAUGUAGAGCCUGGAGCGCCCUCUAUGGGAGCUAAGGGUCUGUGCAUCCCAUUCAAGCAACCAGCCAAACUGACUGCUGAUAUGAAAUGUAUACACCCUGACUGUGGCAAGCCAGCUAUAUGCUACUGUAUGUUUGGACGUAGCUAUUAAAGUACCAUCAAUAACAAGACAAUGUUAAACAUCAUUUUACAAGACAAUGGCCGUAUUCGACUGUUUCGUUUCGUUGACAACGAUAUUUCGUUGAGUAUCAUUUUCUUUCGGUUGGUUUGAAAAAUUUACUUCGUUGACAAUGGAAAUUAACGUAAACCAGAGUGUGUUAAAGUGUUAUCCACAUGACCAAAACAAACAUGUCUAAUUGGUCAGUUAAGCAACAACAUAUGUGUUAAUAUAAUAUUUACUUACAUAAAGACAAAAAAUAAUUGUAUUCUAACAGAAAUUCAAAAACUGCAUGAAAACAUUUUUUUUACAAAAAACCCAUACUGCCCCAAGCUGAAGCAACCUUGAUUAUGCUAGCGUGUAUCACACAUGUAUCGCUGUAACUACGCAGCCAUUUUGUUUUGUCAAGUAUUUACCAGUUUUCUAUUUGUCUGGUCGUCUUCGCUAAGUAGGAUUUUACCACUACUCAAGUAGAACAACCAGUUAAAUACGGCCAUUGAUAAACAUUAUACCAAAUGUUAGAUAGCUGAUAUUAUAUUAUUUUAAUAAUGCAACAUUGCCUUGCCUUGUGUGUGUGAGGUUUUUUUUUUUUUAUUUUAUCUGAAAAUUAUAUAAAAAGUUAAUGUUUACCCGUCAUGGUACACCUUUUUAUUAGAACCAACCACCUUCAUUACCACCCCCCCUUCUCCUAUUAUCCAUAAUAAUUUAAUUUUUUCUGCAAGGUGUAUUUCAUCACUUUUUAUAAGUGCUUAACAACUGCAGUAGUAUUUUUAUAAUUAAAGUUAAUGAGUGUACUCCAAUUAAUUUGUAAAUUAAAAGUUAGUAAAUACAAAAUAACAAAGCACAAGACAAGUGUUUUCUUCAAACUCAGCUUUAUUUACAAAGCUGAUGACAAGACCGUCACCAAUGUUUAUGGAGUGAGCCCUCUAUUAUCAGCUUAUUAAAAUAGCACAUUUUAAUAUAAAAGCAGUAAAAAAUGCAUCAUGGUAUAGCUUAUUGAUUUAUCAAAAAAUAAAUCACAUACCAUUACUAACUGGUUGCUAAACAUACUAGAAUAAUGCAGGCAAGUGUACGCUUUUUACCAACGCAUUGAACAUGAAUUUUGCUAUGCGGAACAUCAAAAUUUAUCAUAUAUGCGAUUUUUAUGCAAAAAUGCCUUUUCGAAAAAUAGCUGCAGCAUUUAAUUGACAUAUAUGCUAUUAAUAAAUGUCUGAGCACAUCAUUAAGAUAACAUUGAUACCAAUGUCUUCCUGUUUCAUAUCAUUGUGACACUAUUAAACAACCAAUUACUCACAUAAUUUUAAUACAUUUUAAUAAUUUACAACAUAUGGUACCAUUCUAAUGCUAAGUGCUCUUAGGAAUCGUCCAAAAAUUUUAAUAAGUGCUGAAGCACUUAAUUGGUUAACUAAUAUAAGCCAAAGUAUUUGGUUGUGUGUAUUUCAACAGAAACUUCUUUCUGGUUGUUUCAUUCGUGUAACUCUAAUGUCCUAUCUUUAACUUAUUAAUU